AUGUUGAAAGAUAGUCGAGAAAGCGUAGAAAAUGAACCACAUCAAAGGCGACCAAAAACAUCAACUGAUGAACAACACGUGAAGCAAAUCAAGGAUUUGGUGCUCCAAAAUCGUCGAUUGACAAUUAGAGAACUUGCCGAUACUCGUCGCGUUGAAGUGUGUGAAACAAUGAUUUCUGACUACCAGGGCAAGAUGAAACGCAUGAUAACUGGAGAUGAGACUUGGAUCUAUGCGUACGACCCGGAAACAACCGACCAAUCGAGCGAAUAUCGUGCAAAAGGUGAGGCAAGACCAAAAAGAUCGUGUCAAAGUCGUUCAAAAAUCAAGGUAUUGUUAACAGUUUUCUUCGAUUAUCAUGGUGUGGUGCAUUAUGAAUUCCUUCCGCCGGGCCAAAUUGUCAACAAGGAAUAUUAUUUGAGUGUUAUGCGUCAUUUGCGUGAAGUUAUUCGCUUCAAGAGGCCAGAUUUAUGGGCAGACAACUCAUAG